CAAUGUCGAGAGUAGUCGCCGAUAAUUCAUAUCUCCCUUCGCCGUCUCGAGACAACAUCCCGCUGAGAGAGGUGGCCCGCGCUGACUCAUCGCCCACGCUCGGCCACCUCCUCAAGUGUAUCGGCGACCUCCAGAAGGAAGUCGCAAGCGACGAGACGCCCGUGCACCAGGCGCUCGCGAUCAGCGGCUGCCCCGAGCCCCGCUCGAUUCCGUUCGUGCUCUCGUUUACUAACAUCACCUAUAGCAUCAAGGUCCGCCGCAAGUUCGCCCUCCGCCGCCGCGCGGCUGCGGAUCCGGAGUCCGGCGAGCGGGCUUUCUCGUCGACGAAGACGAUCCUCAACGACAUCUCUGGUGAGGCGCGUGACGGCGAGAUCAUGGCGGUAAUGGGCGCGUCGGGCUCGGGGAAGUCUACGCUGAUCGACGCGCUGGCGAAUCGCAUGGCGAAGGGGAGCGUGAAGGGAGAGAUCACUCUCAACGGGGAGCAAUUGGAAUCGAGGCUGUUGAAGGUAAUCUCUGCUUACGUCAUGCAAGACGAUCUCUUGUUCCCGAUGCUUACCGUGGAGGAAACCCUAAUGUUCGCGGCGGAGUUCCGCUUGCCGCGGACGCUCUCGAAGUCGAAGAAGAAGCUCCGAGUGCAAGCGCUGAUCGACCAGCUAGGGCUCCGCAACGCGGCGAACACUGUCAUCGGCGAUGAAGGCCACCGCGGCGUCUCCGGCGGAGAGCGGCGGCGCGUGUCAAUCGGGACGGACAUAAUCCACGAUCCGAUUUUACUGUUCCUCGACGAGCCUACCUCCGGAUUGGACUCGACCAGCGCGUACAUGGUGGUGAAGGUGCUGCAGCGUAUCGCGCAGAGCGGAAGCAUCGUGAUCAUGUCGAUCCACCAGCCGAGUUAUCGUAUUCUCGGAUUGCUGGAUAAAAUGAUCUUCCUAUCGCGGGGGCAGACUGUUUAUAGUGGUUCGCCGUCGAAUCUGCCGGUUUUCUUCUCCGAUUUCAAGCAUCCGAUCCCGGAGAAUGAGAAUCGCACCGAGUUCGCCCUCGAUAUCAUUCGCGAGCUCGAGGGCUCCCCCGGUGGGACUAAAACCCUCGUCGAGUUCAACAAAUCGUGGCAGGCGCUAAAGAGAGGAAACGACGCCGUUCAAACAAACGGAUUAAACUUAUCACUAAAAGAAGCUAUAAGCGCGAGCAUUUCGAAAGGGAAGCUCGUAUCCGGAUCUGCCGCGGCCGGGGCUGCCCCAACCUCACUAGUCCCGACGUUCGCAAACCCUCACUGGAUCGAAAUGGCGGUUCUGUCGAAGCGGUCCGUGACGAACUCGAGACGGAUGCCGGAGCUAUUCGGCGUCCGUCUCGGAGCGGUGAUGGUGACGGGUUUCAUCCUCGCCACCAUGUACUGGCGGCUCGACAACUCCCCGAAGGGGGUGCAGGAGCGGCUCGGGUUCUUUGCGUUCGCCAUGUCGACGAUGUUCUACACGUGCGCCGACGCGCUGCCCGUGUUUUUACAAGAGAGAUACAUAUUCAUGAGGGAGACCGCGUACAAUGCGUACAGAAGGUCAUCUUACGUGGCCUCCCACGCGCUGGUCUCACUGCCGUCUCUGCUGUUCCUCUCAUUAGCCUUCUCCGCCACGACCUUCUGGGCUGUAGGGCUGGACGGGAGCUUUAUGUUCUACCUACUAAUAAUAUUCGCGUCUUUUUGGUCGGGAAGCUCAUUCGUAACCUUCCUGUCCGGGGUCGUGCCACACGUGAUGCUGGGGUAUACGAUCGUGGUGGCGAUUUUAGCGUAUUUCCUGCUAUUCAGCGGGUUCUUCAUAAACCGGGACAGGAUCCCGGGGUACUGGAUAUGGUUCCAUUAUCUCUCGCUGGUGAAGUACCCAUAUGAGGCGGUGCUGCAGAACGAGUUCGAGGACCCGGUGAAGUGCUUCGUGCGGGGGGUGCAGAUAUUCGACAACACGCCGCUGGCGUCGGUGCCGGGGGAGCUGAAGGGGAAGCUGCUGGACAGCCUGAGCAGCUCGCUGGGGAUUAAGAUCACGAGCAGCACGUGCGUGACAACGGGGGCGGACAUACUGCAGCAGCAGGGGGUCACCGAUCUCACCAAGAUGGGGUGCCUUUGGGUGACAAUCGCGUGGGGUUUUUUCUUUAGGAUUCUCUUCUACUUGUCGCUCUUGUUUGGCAGCAAGAACAAGAGGACUUGAGCGCUUCCACCCCUUAAAUUUGCUUACCUAAUAUACUCCUUUUCUCGCACUUUUUCAACUGUAUUGUUACAUAAAACUGAUGCAAUUUUCUGCUUAAUUUUGUUCUUUUGU